ACGACCGAAGCAGCGGGAUAGUCGCGGUUACCACCGAAAGAAGUCCUCACUGCUACCAGUCUACCAUCACUGCUACCCUCGCAUGGAGGCGGACGGCGCCGCCGCCGCAGCGGCUACAAAGGGGAGGGAGGCGGAGAUCAUGGAGGCCCUCCGCGCCCGCGUCCCCUUCUUCAAGAAGCAGGCCGACUCCUUGACUCUUGAAGGUGUGAGGAGAACAUUGGAGAAGGACAUGGACUUGAAGAUAAAUUCACUUGAUCCUCAUAAAAAGUUCAUUAGGCAAUGUGUAGACAAGGUGUUUUCUGGUUGUGACAAUGAGAAUACUGAUAAUGCAUCAGAGAGGGCUGAAGCUAAAGUGGAUAACUUAUCAGAAGAUGCCCAACCAAUGUCGGUCUCAAACAAAAUCUCCUCCAGUCCUGAUGAGCAGGGGGCAAGAUCCAGUAAAACCAAUAAAGACCCGGAGGGGGUGAAAAAUCACAGUUCUGGUAGUGAUAUCACCGAAGCUAUGAUAAAGAAAGCUAUUGACAAAAGGGCUUCCUAUUUUAGAGAGAACUCAGACGUGUUUGAUUAUUCAGCAUGUAUUCACAAAAUGAAGCAAUGCAGAACUCUUACUCUACUAGGAGUUCGACGGACUUUAGAAGAAGACCUCAAACUUGAGAGGAAAGCUUUGGAUGCUUUUAAGGAUUUUAUUACGAAAGAGUUAGAUAGAGUUUUGCAAGAACCUGAAAAUGGAACAACGGAUCAUAGUAAACAGGAGGCUUGCAAGGAUGCUGGUCAGAAAACAAGUAAAGGCUCUAAAAGAGCUCGUCAAGACUUUGAUACCUCUGAACUAAAUAAUAGUCAUAGUGAGAAGGAAGACAGUGAUGAGGAUGUAAGGCCAAUAAAGAAGAAACAACAGGCAGCUCCAGCCCAUGGCAAACGAGUAGAACGUCUUAAGUCAGUAAUAAAAUCUUGUGGAAUGAGUGUGCCACCUUCUGUGUAUCGGAGGGCAAAGCAGGCGCCGGAGAGCAAGCGCGAGGCUUGUUUGAUAAAGGAGUUGGAGGAUAUGCUUGAAAAGGAAGGAUUGUCUUCACACCCUUCUGAGAAAGAAAUUAAAGCAGUGAGAAAAAGAAAGGAAAGAGCAAAGGAUCUUGAGGGCAUAGACAUGAGCAAUAUUAUUACGAGUUCUCGUAGGAGAAAUGCAUCUAGUUUUAUACCCCUGCCAGUGCCUAAAAUUGAAGCUGAUAGUGACAGCGAUGAUGAUGAUGAUGAUGAUGAUGAUGAUGAUGAUGAUGGUGAAGAGGAGAAUGUGGAGGGUGGAGAUAAAGGUGACGACGACGAUGCAGAAGCUGGAGAUGGAUCUGCUGAUGAUGCUGGAAACGGGAGCGAUUGACUCUUCUCGCGUUACUACAAGGUAGAAGGAAGUAGUUCUGGCCUUGGCUGGUUCGGGAUGAAGCCAGUUGUUCAGAAGUUACUUUCUGGCAUCUUAUUUAUGCUGCCGUUAAUAUGGUCACUACUAUAUUAUUGACUGGUCUUAUUUAUAUUAGACUAAUACACCAGGCAAUCAAUUGCUGUAGUCCCUUAACCUAAUGUAUAAUAUCAGGCGUGUUAUCUUGGCAGCUGGCUCA